AUGGAGCUGCCGGAUCCAGUCCGCCAGCGGCUGGGAAAUUUCAGCCGGACCGUGUUCAGCGACUCCAACCGGACCGGGCCGGAGUAUAACGAGGGUCCGGAUAAUGAAAUGGUUUCCAGUUUGGCACUGCAGAUGUCACUUUAUUUUAACACUUACUUUUUCCCACUUUGGUGGGUGAGCAGCGUUAUGAUGCUUCAGAUGAAGUAUUCCAUCUUGCCUGAUUACUACAAGUUCAUUGUGGUCACCAUUAUCAUUCUAAUAACUUUAAUUGAAGCUAUCAGGUUGUAUCUGGGCUACAUGGGGAACCUGCAGGAGAAGGUUCCUGAGUUGGCUGGCUUCUGGCUUUUGAGCCUUCUGUUGCAGUUGCCUUUAAUUCUUUUCUUGCUCUUCAACGAGGGCCUAACAAAUCUGCCCUUGGAGAAGGCAGUACAUAUCAUCUUCACUAUAUUCCUUACUUUCCAAGUUGUUUCAGCAUUUCUUACCUUGAGGAAAAUGGUAAAUCAGCUGGCAACUCGUUUCCACCUCCAAGACUUUGACCGGCUGUCUGCGAGCCGAGGAGACAUGAGAAGAGUGAGGUCCUGUAUAGAAGAGAUUUGACCCAGUGCUGUUGAAUAAGCAUCUGAAGGAUCAUUGUAGAAGACUGCAGGAAAACA